AUGGCGAAACAGCCCCAUAGCGAGGAUGACGACGGCACGUCUUCUAGGGUUAGCGACAGCAUGAUUCUAGGCAGCGGGCACGGAAACAUGGACGGGGAGAAAGGGUCGGACAGUGGGGACACGAGAGAAGGCGCUUCUAAUAUGAGACGAGCGGCCACGGAUUUGCCACGCGGGGCACGAAGGCGAGGUGAUUGCGCCGCGCGCGGCGGAGAGCGUGGGGAAGCUGAACAUAUGCAUACUGAUCGUGGGGACCCGCGGGGACGUACAGCCGUUCAUCGCCAUUGGUCAGAAACUGAAGGUGCGGCGCGCGGCGGCGAACUAGCGCUGGGUGAUGGGUUGGGGGCGGUUGGAGGAGUGAUUGGGGGAGAGAAUAUGAGAGAGGAAGAGUCGUUUUCUUCCCUCGUCACCCCCCGUGCCAUCUGCGCUGCUCCCCCCCUGCCAUCCGCGCUCCCCCCCUGCCAUCCGCGCUCCCCCUUUGCCAUCCGCGCUUCCCCGUGCCAUCCGCGCUUCCCCGUGCCAUCCGCGCUUCCCCGUGCCAUCCGCGCUUCCCCCGCCCCAUGGCAGGGCUACGGGCACCGCGUGCGGCUGGCGUCGCACAGCAACUACCGCGAGUUCGUCACUGCGGGCGGGCUCGAGUUCUACCCCCUGGGCGGCGAUCCCAAGGUGCUCGCGGAAUACAUGGUGAAGAACAAGGGCUUCCUGCCGUCCAGCCGCAAGGAGGUGCUGCAGCAGCGCAAGCAGCUCAAGUCAAUCAUCUUCUCCACCUGGCCCGCCUGCACCCAGCCUGAUCUCGCCAGCGGCGGCGCCCCUUUCCGCGCCGACGCCAUCAUUGCCAAUCCUCCUGUGUACGGUCACACCACAGUGGCAGAGGCGCUGCAAGUGCCGCUGCACAUGUUCUUCACCAUGCCUUGGAGCAUGACGACAGAGUACCCUCAUCCCCUGGCUGGCGAGAUGCCUGCCUAUACAGGCUACGAGAACCAGCUAUCAUACGUGGUGGUGGAGGGGCUCAUGUGGCUGGGCGUGCGGGACUUCAUAAACAGUUUCCGCAAGAAGCUCAAGCUGCCGCCCAUCCCUCUGCGCAACCGCCCCAAGAUGCGCAUUCCCUUCGGCUACAUCUGGAGCCCAACGCUCGCCCCCAAACCCCAUGACUGGGGAAACCUAAUAGACGUGGUGGGGUUCUGCUUUCUCAACCUAGCGGAACACUACUCGCCCCCAGCGCACAUCCAGCAAUGGCUUGACUCGGGCCCGCCCCCCAUCUUCAUCGGUUUCGGUAGCCUGCCCGUAUCAGAUCCCAAGGGGCUGACUCAGAAGUUUGUGGAGGCACUGCAGCGCACGGGGCAGCGGGGGAUACUGCAGGAGGGCUGGGGGGGACUGGGCAAGAUGGAAACACCCAAUGAGAACGUGCUCGUGAUCGGCAACUGCCCGCACGACUGGCUCUUCCCGCGCUGCAGAGCAGUGCUGCACCACGGUGGCGCGGGCACCACUGCUGCUGGGCUCAAGGCGGCGUGCCCCACGACCAUCAUUCCAUUCUUUGGCGAUCAGCCCUUUUGGGGGGCGCGGGUGCAUGCAGCGGGGGUGGGACCAGAGCCCAUCCCCAUCGGCUCGCUCACACUCGACAAGAUUGUUGCAGCCAUUGAAUUCAUGAUCCGAGAUGAGGUGGUGGCAGCAGCGAGGGAGCUUGCUGGCAAGAUAGCCAGGGAGGACGGGGUGGAUGGGGCGGUGGAGGCGUUUCACAAGCACCUGCCACCGGGGUACCACUCUCAGGAGCAGUGCACGCCCUGGCUCGAGGCCUCUCCCGGUGCGGACUAUGGUUCGGAUUGUUCUUGCUGGCCGUGGAGCUGCGGAGAUGCUGGUGAGGAGGAGGAAGAGGAGAAAAAGAGUUAG